AUGGACCACAGUUCGAUGGCCAGCUCAACAGACUGCAAGAUGUCGAUGUUGUGGAACUGGUAUACCAUUGACGCAUGUUUCCUCGCGUCUUCAUGGCAGAUCAAGAACGCCGGCAUGUUCGCCGCUAGCUGCAUCGGUGUCGGUCUGCUCACCGUCUUCCUCGAAGUGUUCCGACGACUCGGAAAAGAAUACGACGCCCUCAUCCAGCGCCAGUUCCAUGCCCGCGCCGCCGAACUACAAGCUCGUAUGCCCAAGGAGACGGACUGCUGCGAACCUCCCACUGUUGUCGCCCCUCAGACGCUUGUCUUCCGUGCAUCGCCACUGCAGCAGCUCAUCCGAUCUGUAAUUCACGCCGCGACUUUUGGAUUGGCAUACAUCGUCAUGUUGCUGGCCAUGUACUACAAUGGCUACCUCAUCAUUUCCAUCAUAAUCGGCGCUGGCUUGGGCAAAUUCCUUUGCGAUUGGCUUGUUAUUCGUGUCACUCUGGAGGCUCUGGCACCAGCAGCUCCCAAUAACAUUGUUGGAAUUGAGGAGCCAAGUGUCUGCUGCGGUUGA